AUGCGCUCGGGCAAGGUCGCCCUUGGCUACAAGGAGACGUUGAAGAACCUCCGCAACGGCAAGGCCAAGCUUGUCAUCCUCUCGAGCAACACGCCGCCGCUCCGCAAGUCGGAGGUCGAGUACUACUCGAUGCUUGCCAAGACGGGUGUCCACCACUUCGCCGGUAACAACAACGACCUCGGUACGGCUUGCGGCAAGUACUUCCGCGUCUCGUGCAUGUGCAUCAUCGACGCUGGUGACUCGGACAUCCUCCGCUCGUCGACCGACUAA